AUUUAAUUUUUUUUAAAAAAAGCAAAUUGUGAAAACUGGAAAAUGAGGAAUUGUGAAAGAACAGAAACAGAGAGAGAGAGAGAGAGAGAGAGAGAGAGGGCUCUGAUUACUUUCACCCGAAGAUCAAAACCCAAACAUGUCCUUUCACAGGUUAUUAUUGAACUAUCUUCCUCCUCGAUUGGACGUUUGGAGUUCGAGAUCGGUGCUCUGACGAUUCGCUUUCGUAAUUAAAUGCAACUCUGUGAAUCAGUUUCCUCUUGGAUCUGCGACAUCUUCCCAUGCAUGGGAGCAGGGGUUGUCUUGGUUUUUGCACUAAGCCUGUGGAUGAGCCAUCCAAAGGAAUGAAGACUCAAGGCCAAAUAGUGAGGAAACAAAGCGUUACAGAUGAUUUUUGGAGUACAAGCACAUGUGAGAUGGACAAUAGUGCACUUCAGUCCCACGGAAGUGUCUCUACAUUGAGCACAUCAAAUCCACCCUUAGAUCCCCAUAAUAGUGUUGGCAGCAUGAGUAAUCCUACUGAAUUCGUAAAUCACGGUCUUCUUCUCUGGAAUCAAACGAGGCUGCAGUGGACUGGAAAUAAAAGGCCUGAGAACCAACCACAAAUUCGGGAACCCAAACUAAGUUGGAAUGCAACAUAUGAGAAUUUGCUUGGAACCAACAAACCUUUCCCUCAACCCGUCCCUCUCUCUGAAAUGGUAGAUUUUCUUGUCGAUAUCUGGGAUCAAGAGGGGUUGUAUGAUUGAGCUGGCAAAAACAAGUAUAAUUAUUUUUUUUCAAUAGUAACUUUAUAUAAGGCAGUGAUACUGAAAAAUAGAUUGCGCGAAGUGCACAAAACAUAAACUGUAUUGUCCAUGUCAUUGUUCAUAAUAUCUUUCUCCAACAUGACAGAUUUUCUGAUUCCCAAGUUCAAUCUUGAUAUUGAAAGUGAAUAUCCGAAGAAAAGCAUUUGUCAUGGAAGUGAUUAUUUUUGGGAUAAAUUUCACUUUACCUUCUCGUACUUUUAUCUAUGUACGGAUUACUCAUUUUCAUUUGGAAAUAGUCACUGAGUCCUCUUGUGAUUUGUGAA